UCACCGAAUACUUACCAUAAUCAAUUUAUGUACUUACCUAAUAAAAUAUGCAAUUUAACAUUUUUUGUAUCCUGUUUGAAUACAGGAUUCUAACACUAAUUAUUCAUAAUUUUAUUGUAACGCGGAAUCUCAUUAUUUAAAGACUGGUUGCUAAGCAUAACAUCUAUUUUGUUUAUUAAAUAAUAAUGACGGCUAAUAAUAAGUAGUAUUCGGUGAAUUUUCAUAUAUAUUAUAAUUCUCUUUGAAUUAAAUCAAUACGUAAUUCUAUUUCAUUAGAUUUAUGCUAAUUAAAAAAUGACGGAGGAGAAGUCAGAAACUUUAAGCAACGAUAAAACUUACGAUCCGAAAGUGAGAUGGGUGAUACCGCAGCGUUUGGAUUUCAUGACGUUCAUCGGCAAGGACGUCCUCGCAGUCGCCCAUGAUAUUUACAUCGUGUUUUUGAAUUUGAAGACGCACGUUGAACAUGUGUAUGUCGCCAAUGACGUCACAAGGGGUGACGGUGUUGAUGUUGUUGCAGGACAUAGAACAAACCUGUUCGCGUUUGCCGAGAAAGUGAAGAAUGCGCGAAUAUUUAUCGUCACUUACCCAUCGUUCAAUAUUAUCACGGAAUUAAAAGAUACUGACGUGAACAGAUACAAAGGCCUGUGCCUCAUGGAGUGCGACCUGGUGGCGGGGUUCAGUGGUUUCCCGGACUACUUGAUAUCUGUGUGGAAUUGGCGAACCAAGCAGCGGCUCAUCUCUCUACCUACUGGAGUUAUACGACGCAGUCAGAUUUAUAUGGCAAGCCGCUCCCACAUGUUAAUCUGCGAGUGUUGGGGCGAGGGUCUGAUUGUGUGGGAAGUGGCGCAGUGCUACAAGAAGUGCUUCAUGCUGAAGCGGCCCAAGGAAGAGAAGACGGGUUGGGAGGUGUCGGUGCCGCCGCUCGUCGGCGUCUGUUGGAGCAAUGAGGGGCAGCUGUACGCUAUUGAUCCUAGUGGGAAUUUGUAUGGUGUCCUCUCGGACGGCAUCGGCAUGGUAACCCAGCUCGAAUGGUCUGAAGAGCGGAAGGGUACACGCAAGCCGAGCGUCUGCACCUUUGGCAAUGGGAUGCUGUUGCACGGACCUGAUAAUUGUCUGCGGUCACUAAAGAAAUCCGGGAGCACAUGGAAGGUGGUGUUCACGUUCAUCCCUCACGACGACGUGGUGCGCCUCCUGUCCAACUCCACCAACGACGUGGCCGCCAUGUGGACCAGCAGCGGGUUGGUGUACAGGAUCACAGGAGACGAGGACAAGGUCCACGUCAACCUGUUCACUCACAAACAGAGGAAUAUAACAAAGGUCCAGAUGAUAGCGCCCGACUAUACCCACCUGGCGACAAUUGACGAUUCAGGAGUUCUGUGUAUCUACGAAAUAUUAUCCACAAAAUUGGUACUCGUCAAGUUCGUAGAAGGCGAGGACAUAUCGUUCCAAGCGAGCCCGAUGGACCCAUUGCUCAUCGUGUACGGUAGGGUGGACACGAACUACGGCAUGGCCCUAUUCACGUACAGCCCCGAGGGUCUGGAGAAGGUCGGCAGCGUGUGCCUCACCAACCAGAUAGUGUCUGAAGUGGUGUUCUCACCCACCGGACGGGAGCUGGUGGCGGCCGCCAUGUCUGCUGGGCACAUUUUUAUUUACAAAUUGUCGGAAGAUUACAAGUUGACGCUGGUGCGUUACACGGAGCUGGGCCGCGGGCUGGCGGACUGCUUCCUCAUGAGGGUCGGAGACGCCAUGCGCAGCUUCAGCCUCGUGCUCUUCUCCGACAAGUAUGCUAUUGGCGAGAGGAUAAUCUGCAUAAACGCUGAAUCUGGUAAAGACAACAAGUUCGCGGGCAAGAUGCAGGGUCCAUACCAGAAGCUGUUGCCUCUCAGCACCAAGGACACCAUGCUCGCCAUUCCACACCUCAGCAAGCAGUUCCACGUGCUCAAACUGUCUGGGGAUAAAGGCGUAACAGUUUCUGUGAAAAUGGGUCCGAUAAUAGAUUCUGGACACGACAUCAAGAGUUUCAUGGGGUUCCUCAACUUCGGCGCAUUACUCACGUAUGGAUAUGAUGGAACCAUUAUAUUUAGGCAGCCUGACGCUCCGGAAGAAUAUGAGCUGAAGUUAAUCACGAGCCACCGUUAUGAGAGCGGCAUACGUAACGCACUAGUAGAUGCUCACAACACGUGCAUACUGCACCUCGGCAGAAACCGAACCCUCGCCUGCGCGUUGCUGCACGCUCACACUGAACCCGGCGACCCUGCGCAUGCGCCGAUAGAUAUCAACCUCUUUGAUGAGAAAGUGCAUACCGUUACUAUUAUUGGAGAGAAAGAUAAAAAUUACCUAGAUUUGCAAGAAGACAAGAAGGUUCAUGAAGAAGCAAUGGACUACAAGCGACAGCGGGACGAGGUGGUUAAAACGUUCGAGAGUAUUCAGAACAAGUUGGUGGAGCUGCUAGAGGAGAACCUGGUGGAGGUGCCUCUCCACCAACUCUCACUGGCCGAGUUCAACUUACAUCAAGAGCAUAAGAAGGAGAGGCUGAAGCAGGCUGAGAAAGAGCGUGAAACCAUACGACUAGAAACAGAAGCGCGUAUCAUGGCGCAAGACAAGGUGACAGCGUGGAUAAAGAAGCAAUGCUGGGACACCAUGCUCACGCCGAGGGUCAAGCUGUUCGCCAUAUUCAGCCACUAUCAGGUGGAAAACUACGCAGUGUUGCCAACGCAACGCGACAACUGGCCUGAACUGCAGCAGAUAGAGGCGCUGCGUUCUAUAGAAAUGGAAAACGAUGGGGACCUGUUCAAACCCUGGGAAGAGGUUUCCGAAGAAGUCGCUAGCAUCUCUAAGAGUCAAACUGAGGAAGUGCCGGAGCCGUCGCCGUCGGCGCGCGACGUGCGGCGCAGCGCGGAGAGCGCGCUGGAGGAGGCGGCGCAGGCGCUGGAGGCAGGCGCGCAGCCGCACGCGCUGGCCGCCUCCAGCGCGCACCGCUGCGUGCCCGUGCCGCUCUACAUGAUCCCGCAGACCCUCGCCUUCAGCUUCCUACAGAUGAACUGGCUGCAGCACAUCGUCAAGCUAAACGUUCAAAACAUGCGGUUGUGGUUCAACAAGCAGUUCGAUGAUCUCAUGAAUCUCAAGAAACGGGAAGUAGGGCUGGUGGAAGAGAGAAACGCUAGACUACGGUUCAUUAUUGAAGAACUAAAUAAACUAUCCGAUCUUCGCGGGAGCUUCCACCACCUGACCAUCGAGAUUAAGAACCCAGAAUGGCGUCAAGAGGAACAACCGUUGAAACUGAUUAAAGUGGAACCGGAAGAGUGCAGUAUCGAGCCGUACAUCAGCCCGAGCCAGAUCGUGAUCAUCCCCCCGGACCCUGGACCCAAGGACGACUUCAGAGAGCGCGCGCUGAUGGACAUGAUGGAUGGCGUGCUGGAGAAGCUCUGGCACGAGGAGAUCAAGAAGCCCAUACCGAUGCCGCAGUGUAUGCUGGACAAAGAGCCAGAACACUUCAACGAGGACGAUUUGCGUUUAGUGUUCGACUACGAGGCGAAGGUGGCGUUCAGGAACGAGGAGAGAGACAAGUACCGCAAGAUGCUGCACGCGGAGUACGCCAAGCUGUCGCAGCUGUUGAACGAGAGCAUCGUCAAGUUCAACCAGAAAGUGAAAGACAUGUGGCUGACCAAACUUAAAACUGAUUCGGUAAUAGGACAAGAGAAUUUGAGUCUGAUGCGUCUGCGCAGGGUGAACCUCGAUCGCGUUGAAAUGGCUGAAAAAUUAGAGGAUAUGAGGGCCCAAAUAGCCAAGUACGAGCGAGAGACGGCAGUACUGACGCAGGAGCAGCAAAUGAUCCAGGAACAGAGCGCGGACUGCCAAGCCAGCUACGAGACGCUCACCAUCAAGGACAAGUACAUGGAGAGGACGUUCAAGAACCACUUCGCUGAUCUGUCGCCGAUCAUCGUCGAUCAGUGUUAUAAGUUUUUCAAAAAAAGACCGAAAUGGCAUCAAAGGGCGACCAUGAUUCCAGUAGUAUUGUACGAUCUCGCUAAUGCUGUCCUGAGUGGAGUGAGACCACCGCUGCUGCACCCCGACUGCCUCGAAUUCUUCAAAGGAGUGGAACAGUUAGACUUGCUGAGCAACAUGCCUCCUGUCAUUGACGAAGUGUUGUGGGGCACCAUGUGCAAGCUGCGGCGAGCCAAGAUUGAAAAUGAGAUUAGAAUGCGUGCUGUGGGCCAGGAGAUGGCGUACGUGGACAGCGCCAACAACGUGUGGACUAAAGCGAUACAAGCUCGUCGCAACCAACUCGCCGCCCUGCACGACAUGAUCACGCAGCACCGGCACGAGGUGGAGGUCACUGCCAGGAACAAAACCAUACAGCUGGUGCUGCCGGCCGGUCAAGUGGAGAUCACCACCACUGGCCACAUCGAGGAUUACGAAGAUGCCACUCUCAUACUGAGGGAGGAUAUAGAGAAGAUCAACAACGUCAUUUUAAAAGUGGGUGACAUGAAGCUGCGCAUGAUGCGAAAACAGAUGGACUUCCGCAAGGGCAUCCUGUCCAAGGAAUGGGAGCAUGCGCAGAUGAAAAUGAGGCUGAGGCACAUGGAACAAGAGCUCUACUCGUACCAACGGCUCAAGAUACCAAAAGAGCUACAGCUGUACCUGAAGAACAAGGAGCUGGGCUACACGGACGAGCAGGACUACGUGCGAAUGGAGAAGGAGAUGGAAGCGUCCAAGAUGUCCGUCAAUAAGAUACUCAACGAACAGAUUCACCGCGUUGAGGAACUGGAGUUGAAGCUAAAUGCUCUGGAGACACAAAGCGCGCAGCUAGAGAAGUUGAUCGCCAACCUUAAUGUGAAGGUGUCCGAGAAGAGGUUGAACGAAGACCCGCUUGAACCCAUACGAAUCAGAAGGAUUUUCAAGAAGAGAAUGGAGACGCUGGUGAUGCGAAGCCAGUUGAUUCGCGACGUGCAAGCCAACCACACCACCAUAGUCCUCCUGCAGACCGAGCUGGAGUUGCUGCGGCUGAAGACUUACCCCACGCUCGCCAGCUUCAGGACUUUCAGCUAGACUUAGCAACUCCAACUCGUAACUCCAAGUAGCCAGUUUUAGCUAUUGUUUAGUUUUUUAUUAUAAGUGAUUUUAAGUUAAUUUAUUAUGAUAAUGAAUGUGUGUGCAAUAAAGUAAUUUGUUAGUUACUGUACUCUAUUCUAAAAAAUAUUUUGCUAGUCUUAUCAGUUUAAAAUGUGUUAACAAAGUUCAGCUAUAGCAAUCAUUAUUCUGUGGAUCUUUAUUUAGUAGGUCAAGUACCUAAGUGGUUUUAAGUUAAUUUACUAUAUUUUGUAAUGUGCAUGUGUGAAUGUGUGUGCGAUACAGUAGUUUGUGUGGGUUACUCUACUCUGAUCUGAAAUGGACUAAGUAUUAAUUGCAUUAAAUGUUUUCUUGUCAA